CCGCCGUCGUUCCUGUCGCUUCCAGCGCCCGCUCCCGCCGCUCCGAGCCGCCCGCAGCCGCCGCCGGCGGGGCCGCGCUCCAUGGCGACCCCCAGCCCCUGCAUCGUGAUUGGCGAUGAUGAACAAGGUUACGACCUGGAUUUGUUCUGCAUACCUAAACAUUAUGCAGAUGAUUUGGAAAAAGUCUAUAUUCCUCAUGGGCUCAUCAUGGACAGGACGGAGAGACUGGCACGAGAAAUUAUGAAGGGCAUGGGAGGACACCACAUUGUGGCACUCUGUGUACUCAAGGGUGGCUAUAAAUUUUUUGCUGAUUUAUUAGACUACAUCAAAGCCCUGAACAGAAACAGUGACAAAUCAAUCCCCAUGACAGUCGACUUCAUUAGGUUGAAGAGUUAUUGUAAUGAUCAGUCAACUGGAGAUAUCAAAGUCAUUGGGGGAGAUGACCUCUCAACCUUGACUGGAAAGAAUGUUUUGAUCGUGGAAGAUAUAAUUGAUACUGGUAAAACAAUGAAAACGUUGCUGUCUCUACUUAAACAGUACAAUCCAAAGAUGGUGAAAGUAGCCAGCUUGUUGGUGAAAAGAACUCCUCGAAGUGUGGGAUAUAGGCCAGACUUUGUUGGAUUUGAAGUGCCAGACAAAUUUGUUGUGGGAUACGCCCUAGAUUACAAUGAAUACUUCAGAGAUUUGAACCAUAUCUGUGUGAUCAGCGAGACGGGGAAGCAGAAGUACAAAGCAUGAAAGCAGAGCUCAAGUGACAACAGAGCUUUGAAAUGUUUUGUUUACUGAGUCCUAUCUUUCACAGGCUUCAGCUCUGGUACACCAGCUACACUUUAGAAUACCCCAGCCCCAUUGCCAUAUGCUUACUGUAAUUUAUUGCAUGUACAAUAUAAGAGCUCGUCUUGUUCAUUUAUAUUUUAGAAAUGUAAACAAUUAGUGCAGUUCUGCACUCCUUAUUUUGAUUUGCACUAUGACUCUACCGACUAUCGCUGCCCCUGGUUGGGUUGUGCUGUUUGUGAGCUCCAGAGUCUAACUCUUGCAGUGGUAAAUUGCUUAAACCUCAUCAACCCAGAACUGAAAUAGUUCAAGUACUGUAAAUGUAAAACAUUUUAUGAUAGGGAAGUCUAUUAGUAAUAUUUUUAAAAUCUGUAAUUUAAGUUUUAUAUUUUAAUGCACAGAUGUGAUUGUGAUUAAUGGAUAGUUGCACCUUUGGGUGUUAUAAAGCAUGAGGAGCAGCCAGUUACAGUAUCUGUAAUCUCCAGGGGGCUCAUCCAAAUCUCCUGGAGUUGCCUUAUUGCUGUAAAGGAAGUCUGGGUGAAAAGUGUGUUUUUCUUCUUUCUUUUUUUUUAAAGAUGGAAUGACAAAACAGAAUGUUUAAAAUCUAAUUUUAGUUGAGCUGCCUAUUUCUGUUAGAUUUUAUUUCUUUAAAAAUAUCCAUCAGUCUGUGGAAUUGCCUUUUGAAUUUAGACAAUUUUAAUAUAUUUGUGGAGAAAAAAAGUAUUGUAAUGUUUACUUUAUAAGAUCUACAAGGCAAAGUACUUUAAAUAAAGGCUGUCUCUUUAAAAUAAGCCCCAAACAGCUAUCCCACUCAUUCUGUAUAUUAAAGUGCUCUUGAAAUUUUCUUCUCAAUAAUAUUUUUUGUAACUGCUUGUGACAGUGAAGGCAGACUCUACAUUUGUUACCUUUGUAGAGCUUUUGGUUAAUGCAAUCCUGUCUAAGAGACAGAUGAUUAAAGUGCUAUGGGAAGAUCCUGAAACAAUUGCAUCUUCUCUAACCAAACCAGAUUCCAGAGAGAACAGUUGAAGCAACAGUCCUUUGUUCUGUCUUGGCAAAAAUGAAGUGUAGAGGUUCUAUGUCCAUGAAACAUAUCCAUAUCCAUGUGGGAAAAACCCACAAAAAACACAUUUUGUAAGUAAUUGUUUUGGUUUGUUUCGUUAGCACUUCUUUUCAUGUGGAGUCCAGUUCUGAACAUGGCAGCCCAGCUCACACCUGUGUUUGUGCUGUGCUUUUUGGUUCUUGUACUUCUGCAUGUCGAUUCUCCCACCACAUCCUCGGAUUUAAUGCUGCUCAGUGCCUAAUACACAAUGGAGUUUUUGAAAGAUUCUGUUUUGAAUGAUUUUUCUGUGGUUUUGAAGUUUGAGUCUGUAUUUUUCCAAGAACUGUACACUACUGUCCAUCCAUGGCUUGCUCAGUUACAGCUGACCUAGUAUUAAUGAUGGUAAUAGCAGACCUAAAAUAUGAAUUCACACAAUGUAAUUCACAUCACAUGACCACAUUUCUGGGACAUCUGUUUGUAAAUUGGAAUUCUCUUUAACAAAUAUUAGAAUGCUGAUCAUUAUUAUACUGCAGGCUUUUCUUCCAAUGCACUACAAAGUCUGAUUGUA